CACUGACAGAGGGAGGAUGUGGCUAAAGAAGUAAAGAUGACAGGUUGAGUUUCCUGCCGACAUGAUGCAUGGUCUGCACAAGUUUCUGCUUUUCCAUGUUCUGACAUGUCUCAGACAAAAUGGACUUGGCAGUGAAAUCAUAAAUGGGAAAAAGGCCAAGAAGUCACUGCUGUAUAUGGCCUCAGUGCAAGUUAACAGAAGUCAUAAGUGUGGAGGAUUCCUCAUCAGUGAAGACUUUGUAGUCACUGCAGCACACUGUGAUAGCCCGCAUCCUAUGAGUGUUGUUCUCGGCACCAACAAUCUCAGGAAGGUUGUUGAUGACACAAUGAGAUACAAUGUAAUGAAAUACAAGCAUCCAGAUUAUGUGGAUAUCCUAUCUGGGAAUGACAUUAUGCUCCUCAAACUGUCUAGGAAAGCUCACCUGGGCAAAAAACCAAUUAAGCCCAUAAAGCUUCCAAGUCAUCAUAUGAACCUAAAAGGAAUCAAAAAGUGCAGUGUAGCAGGAUGGGGUUUCACAAGGACUGGUGGUCAAAUUGUUGAUGAGCUGAGAGAGGUGAAUGUGUCGAUCAUUAAACUGAAAGUCUGUAAGGACAAAUGGCUUCCCGGUGUCAAGUUUCCUCACAAUAUUAUCUGUGCAGGUGGAUAUGGCACAGACAAAGGAUUCUGCCAGGGUGAUUCUGGUGGUCCUCUGGUGUGCAAUGGGAUAGCAGUUGGUGUUGUGUCUUUCAACAACGGUGGGAACUGUGACUACCCAGAUGUACCAAACAUCUAUACAGACAUAUCAAAAUUUAUUCCCUGGAUCAAUGUGUUUCUCAAGAAAAACAAUUCUUGA